AUGUUGAAAACAAAGGUUUUGCACACUUUAGCCAAUGCAAAUGACAAUGAUGCAGAGAUAAAUGAUAUUGAAGCUAUGUUCAGAGUUCUAGAAAAUCCAUUUGCUGAAAUUGCUAAUGAAGCACAGCGAAUUACUGCUUUGAAAAAUGCUGGAGCUUACAUUGGUUCUACUGAGUAUUUAAUUGGUAGCUCCUUAAAAGAAGUAAGAGUUAAUAGUAUAAUGAUACCUCAGGUGGUUCCAUCUUAUGGUCAAUUUAUUUCUAUGAGUCGCAGUUUGCAGUCUUUUCUUGAAUUGCCUGAUGUCUUAGAUAAAAUAAUGCUAAACAUUGCUAAUUUGUCAGAGGAGAAUAAUGUUAUAUCUAAUUUUAUACAGGGAUCACUUCGGAAGCAUCUGUCAGAACCCUUCGUUGCUGAGGGAAAAAUAGUAAUCCCGCUGUUUUUCUAUUUAGAUGAUUAUGAACCGAAUAAUGGUUUAGGUUCACAUGCGCUUGAUGAGAAGACAAAUGGAUUGUAUUACAAAAUUCCAUGUAUUCCUUCUGAGUUUUUGUCAUUACUUCGUGUAAAGUGCGUCAUUCAACAACUGAAAGAUCUGGAAGAAAAUGGUAUUCUAAUUGAACUUCCUGAUAGGACUGUUAGAAUUUACUUUUUACUGGGUCUCAUUCUUGGUGACAAUCUGGGCUUGAACGGCAUUCUAGGCUUUGUUGAAUGCUUCACAGCUAACUUUUGUUGCCGAAUGACCUUUGCUGUUGAUAAUUAUCGCCUUACUGGUCUUAAAGAAGAUUGUGCUUUUAAUGCUUUGCAGGCUUUUCAUGCAACAGUUAACAUAGCUGGAGACGUUCUACAUGAUGUCGAAGAGGGUCUAUGUGCUUAUGCCUUACCCCGGAUAUUAUUUUGGCUCAUCCAUAUUAGAAAAUACUUAAGUUAUGAGACGUUCCUGGAUAGAAAUCUUGGCCAGAUGAUAGGGGACUUUAUUCCUGGCAAUGAAGAAGUGUGGUUGUACUAUUUAUGCUUAUUGGAAUUGUUACAGAUGGUUUUAGCACCUUCAUUUCGCAUUGAGGCAGAAAUGCUUUAA